AUGGCAUUUUCAUUCCGGUUUGGCACCAAGUGGUGUCAUGAUUUUCCAAAGCUGGCUAGGGAGUCAGGCUUUUAUUUCAAUAUGCACAAAUCAAGAGUACGUGUAGACUGGUACCGUAUAAGUAAUAUAGAUAUAGAUCAAAUUAUAAGGGAUAGAGAUUUCUGUGUUAUCGAUGAUAAUAUAAACAGUGUAAUAGAUUACUGUUUGGAACGUGAAUAUGAUGUUAAAAUUUUAGACCCUAAUUUUGUAAAACUUUUCCGUCUUGCACAAUUGGCUGUUGAGUAUUUAUUGUAUUGCAAAGAAUAUUUAGAUCAUAGUGUAAUAAUAUUAAAGGAUGAAUUAAGACUAAAAAUAGAAGAAAAUGUUAAACUAAAAAAAGAAAUUACUACUCUGGAGGAAGUAGUGAAGCAUUUAAAGGAAAAGGCAAAGGAUAGAAGCAAAUUAAUAGAAACUAAAAUUGGAGGUGGUAGUGGUGAAAUUUUCAAGUGCCCCCACUGCCCAAAAACUUUCAUGUCAUCAAUGUUUGUAAGUGCUCAUGUUUUACGUAGACAUGCAUAUGUAUCAGAUUUAUGCAUGAGUUCUUCCCCUAUACAUGAUCAUCACCAUAGUGAAACAGAAAAAUUGCACAAUGAAAUAAAAACCUUAAAGGAGAGACUGAAUGAGACAGAAAGGGUCUUAAGGAAUGAAUCUGAGAAAGUUCCUGAGAAAAAAGCACAAGUUUAUGAUAGAAGGUUGUCAGAAAAUGAAGUUGAAAAUUUUAAAUGUGAUAUUAAUAAGCUGGAAGAAAAUCAGGGGUACAAAGGAUAUCAAGAGGAAAUAAGAAGUCUGAAAACUAUGUUAUUGGAUGAAAUACAUAAUCUGAGACAAAAAGAGAAGAUGUUAUCUGAAAGAACAUCAGAAAUAAAUGUACAAAUACUGAUGAAUCAGCAAGAAAAAGAAUUUCAAAAAUUAAGAAAUCAGUUAUUUGAAAGGUUAACUCCAGACAUAGAAAAUAUGCAAGCAAAUUUAUAUGCACAGGAGAAUUAUUGGAAAUCUAAGAUUGAACAAUUAGAAAAUCAACAUCAUAAAGACAUUGAGAAACUCACCACAGAAUUGAAACAGACACAAAAAGCAGCCAAUGACAUGAAAGCUAAUUAUGAAUCUAAAGUUAAUGAUUUGGAACGUCAAACUGCAAGUCAGUCCAACAUGUUAAUGGAACAAAGUAAACACCUACAUUCUCUGUCACACGAAAUUAGUGUUUCACAGUUACAUGAAAAAUAUAAAAAUUCUGAAAGGUUACCCAGAAACAAUCAAUCUGUAAUGUUAGUUCAGUCAACUGAAAUUUUGAAGGAACCAGGUAAAAGUGACCAGAAUCAAAAGGAUUAUGUAGAUGCAACAAUAGAGCCAGUAAUUAUGGGGAAUGUCGAUAAUACAUUCAGUUCACACUUGUCAAAUAAUAUAUUUCCAGCAACAUUGCAACAUAAAUUUGUAAGAAGUGUACACACUUUGAAACCUGCAAACAAAGUUGUUACAGAUGAAGCUGAAACAAGUAUUAAACAAACAGACACAAAGACAAAAAAUGAAAAAUUUGAAAAUAAAAAAGACAUGGGUGAAGAUUUGAAAGAUUCUAGUUCAAGUAAUGUAACAGAGUCUGAAGAUUCAGUACCUGAAAGAGGGACUAACUAUGAAAUAAGGCAUGCUAAGCAUGACUCACAUAAUCAGUUAAUUGUAAGAUCUGAAUUGAACGAAUCUGAUACAAACAAAGUAGAUGAUAGAAAUGUAUAUAAUAAACAUUUAUCUAGUGUAAAGAAUAGCAAACAAUCAGAGGUUUUAAAAGGUGAUUCAAGUUCUGAAACAAAUUCAGAGUCAGUCUCAUCUGAUUCAUGCACUCACUCUGAGUCAGAAAGUCUUACUGUAAUUGGUAACAAUUCUCCAAUAACUGAACAUAAAACAUAUCCAUCACUUCAUAUAAAACCGAAGAAAACAAUACAGCGUAAUUUAUCGCAUAAAAGGUUACGGACGAAUUUAAUAGAUGCAUUUGAACAGAAAUUAAGAGAUGUAGGAAUAGAUCCAGAAUGGCAAGGAAUACCUAAAGUUACAUUUAAACAAAAAAUGGACAUUUUAAAACAUCAUCAAAAAAUUACUAUGAGAACAUUACCAACAUAUCAUGAGACUAAGUUAAAAAUAAUCGACGAAGUUCUUAAAGAACUAUCUCGAGAGGGAAAAGUAUUAAAGAAUUUUAAACAAAUAAAACAAAUGUCUUCAAACAAUUUGGAAAGCGAAACUAAAUCAAUGCCAAGGAAAGCAUUUAGUGAUAUGAAAAAUUCUGGAAAUAAUACUUCUACAUUACAAACGCGGGAUGAAACACACUACAAAUUAUAUUCUCCAGAAAUUAAAUCCACAAGUAAAGACAUAAAUAAAACCGGAUCGUCGUUUGUCAGAUCUAGAAAGAUUCCAAAUUAUAAAGACAUAGAAAGCUUAAUAAAACUGUCUCCAAAUUCAGUAAAAUCUUUAGAAAAUAUUCAACAAUCACGCAAUUCUUUGAGCAAAAUGAAAACUUUGUUAGAUCCUGAAUGGCAUGAAAUGACAUCAGACAGUAAAAAUCAAGAAAAUGAAAAUGCUGCAAAUUUAGAAAUGGAACCAGAAUCACAAAACAUUUCAAUAUCUCCAAAACAAAGUAAAAGUGUAUUGAAAUCUGCAAAUGGAUCAACAAGUAGUUUAGUAAAGAAAAAAGUUAUUUUUGACUUGGCAGAUGAGAGGGACGAAGGAACAUUACUUAAUUAUAAUAGCAAGAAAGAGGAAUUAAAUGAGAGAGUCUGGAAUAUCUCAAGAAAUAAAAAUAUAAAUGUUUCUAUAUCUAGUACUUUUGAUGAGAAAAAACAUUUGUCAGAGAGUGAACAUUACAAGAAUACAAGUAACAUAAUAUUGAAAACUGCUCAAAGUGAUAAAAUUGCAGAAAUAUCAAGAAAGCUUGAGGAACAGUUGAGUAUGGUGAGACAAAAACCUGUAGGAUCAGUUCAAACAAUAUUUGCUCCAAAGUAUGUGCAGGAGAAACAAAGUGAGAAUAAUGACAACCAGCAAAUGAGUUCUAGAAGUAUAAGUUCGCUGUCAGAAGGUCCAGUUAAAGCGUCAACAUUAAGUUGCAAGUUAUCGAAUGAUUUAUCACCGCAGGCAGCACCGCGUAACUUGAAGGAUAAAAUUUCUGAAACUCUACAUGUGGAAUCAAUAUCUGAAGUUUCAGAUUUAGAAUCUGAAAUUGAUAGAAUCUUAAAGUUAAAGUAAUCUUCCACAAAUUUGUUUUUCAAGCUGAAGAUGAAUUUUUAAAAAAAAGUGGAAUAUCAAUACGAAACAGUGCCUUGGUAGCAAUUGUAAUAUUGCUAUGUGAUCGUUCUUUUUACGUUGUCUAGUCC